AGAGGGUGGGGGAGAGCAUUGGCUUUGGAGCCAGACAAAUAGCAAGGGAGAGAUCUGCAGCUGCUCGGUUACACACAAAACGAAGAGAGAUUUUGUGUUGCAUUUGCAACAAUGGUGAUGGCUAAACGAGCAGGCCAAAUGCUGGGAGCUGCUGGAGCAGGGAUGGGGUAUCGGGCAGGGUGGGCCGGGAAGGAGGGCUAACCUGGGCCAGCCGACUGCUGAGAUCCCGGAUCGCCUCCUUGCAGGUCCGAUACACAGUCGGGGGCUGGGGUUUGUAGACGGGCGCUGGGUUAGCGUCGUAAUGGAAGAGGGUUUCAAGUGCCUGGCGCAAGGACAGUUUAUAACUCCCGAGCUGCAGCGAGGCUGAGCCGUGCGUUUGAGUUUUCAGGCUCUUCAUCCGUUGUGGCUUCUCGUCGGGCGUUUGGGUUUUGUUUGUUGACUUGUGUUAAGGAAACACAAUGACCACAGACGUGCAAAAUCCCAACGAUCCCUAAGGAAUUUACAGGAGCCAAAGAAGGCGAGAAGGAGGCUCUGGCACUAGCAUGGCAAACCUGGCAUAGAGGCUGUAAAGACUUUAGAUAGUAAAUUUUAGGAAAUGGGGUAGAAAAAUACUCCCCCCCCAUUUUUACAAUCCUCCAUUUUACCCAAACAUUACAAAAAAAUGGCUAAUUCCAGACUCUCAAGGUGGGUUUCUAGAACAAUUUCAGAUGAACAAAACCACAUCAGAAAUAACCAUCUGACUUUUUUUGUUGUUGCAAACUAUUGCCCUCCCCCACCCCCGAAGUCCUUGUCCUAAAAAAUAAAUGUAUUUCAGUGGGUGGCGGGCAUUCAUAAAUGUGGUAAGUGAUUAAGGUGUAAUUUAACAUGGAGGGAAUUUCCUAAAAUGGGAUUUUCAUAAGAGCCUAAGGGAGCUAGGUGCCUAAAUACCAUCAAUUUUGACAUUACUUUGAUCUCUUUACCUGAGUCAUUAAUCUAUAUAGUGUGCAGAUUUUUGUCUGUACUUUCCAACUGUUUUGUCCUCCAGAAAUUUAGAGUUGUGUCUAGUUUUCCAAGUAUAAAUCUUUACACAGUUUGCUUUGUGUGUUUGCUCUAUAUUCUUCCUUUCUGGGGUAAGGUGGUGAUUAUAAAUCUAUUUCUUCCUAAAUCCUGAUUAUUUCUCUUCCCGCCCCCUCCCCCCAAAGGCAAGUUGUUUGUGAGCUAUAUUUCUUUCCCCUAAUUAAAUUUUUUUUGUUACAGAUACCAGAGUUCCACUUCUUCAAAUAAGAAGAAAGAUUUGCAGAACUACUUGAACUUGGUUGGAUCUGGAAAGAUUAAGAGUCCCUUCUGAACUGCUCCAGACAGUAUGGAUUCUAUCAAGAUGUCCUGCAAGGCUGUCCUCAGGCGAGGCAGUAGGAGGCAGUGGAGCUGGCCUCGGCACUGGGAGAGGCUGGAUUUCCUGUCUCUCUGUGCUGAAUGGCUGCGAUGGCGCCCGCUCUCACUGACGCAGCAGCUGAAGCUCACCACAUCCGGUUCAAACUGGCUCCCCCGUCCUCCACCUUGUCACCUGGCAGUGCCGAGAACAACGGCAACGCCAACAACAUCCUUCUCACUGCCAACGGCACCAAAAGGAAAGCGAUUGCUACAGAGGAUCCCAGUGUAGAUUUCCGUAAUAACCCUACCAAGGAGGAGCUGGGCAAGCUGCAGCCACUGGUGGCCUCUUAUCUCUGCUCGGAUGUAACAUCUGUUCCUUCAAAAGACCCUUUGAAGCUGCAAGGAGUCUUCAACAAGCAGACAGUUCUUAAACCUCACCCUCUCUUAUCUCAGUCUUUCUUGAAAACGAGCGAUCUGUUGGGGAGACAGCCAGUGUUGGAGUUUUCUUUGGAAAAUCUAAAAAACAUGAGUACUAGUGGUCAGCCACCUCUUCCACAAGCACCUGUGAAUGGCUUGGCCAAGAAAUUGGCUAAAAGUACCAAUUCAGACCAUGAAAACUCCAGUUCACUUAAUGGUGGGAAGCGUGCUCCCCUCUCAGCCACCCUCCAGGGUGUUGACCCUAACGCUGCAGGGGGUUCUGAAUCGGGGGAUUUGAAGACGGGUUUGACCAAUUGCACUCUUCCACACAGAAGCCUUGAUGCUGAGCGCACAACUCCAUUUAGCAAUAAUAGCACUGCAAACAAUUUGUCGCUUAAUUCUGCAGCGCAGCAGCGAGUGACUGAAGGAGGCGGUGGAGAGAAUAAAUUGUCUGGUGUAGAUGCACAUUCUGAUUUUGGGAGCGGCAAGACAGGGGAGCAGAAGUCUCCUCUGUCGGCUAGUCUCUUCAAUGCCAUGAGCUCUGAUUUGAGGACAAGGACAGUGCUACGGCGGCAAGCAGACAUUGAGAACCGUGCUCGCAGGCUGCAGAAGCGCCUGCAGGUGGUGCAGGCCAAGCAGGUAGAGAGACACAUCCAGCAACAGCUGGGUGGCUUCUUGGAGGAGACUCUGAGUAAACUGCCAAACUUGGAUUCUCUAAGGCAUCGGAGCCAGCUGAUGCUCACCCGCAAGGCAGAAGCAGCUUUGAAAAAAGCUGCAAGUGAAACAAAUACGUCGGAAGGACUAAGCAGCUUCCUGAAGAGCGACUCUAUUUCAGAGGAACUGGAGAAGUUUACAGCCAGUGGGAUGGCCAAUCUGAGAUCCAGUGAGCAAGCAUUUGAUUCGGAUGUCACUGAGAGCAGCUCAGGAGGGGAAUCUGACAUCGAGGAGGAGGAGCUGACCAAAGCAGAACCAGAACAGCAUCAUAUACCACUGAGGAGACGGUCAGAAUGGAGAUGGGCAGCAGACCGAGCAGGUAUAGUCAGUCGCUGGAACUGGCUCCAAGCUCACGUCUCAGACCUGGAAUACCGAAUCCGACAACAAACAGAUAUUUACAAGCAGAUUCGUGCUAAUAAGGGGCUGAUAGUCCUUGGUGAAGCAUCAUCCCCAGAUACCCCAGAUGAUGUAUCCCAUCCCCUUAGUGCCGAAGUUAAGCUGGAGCCUGGGACUGACAGACUGGGUGCAUCCAUUUCCCAGCCAGUAGUGAAUCUUGGUACAUCUGCUGGAAAUACUGCAGAAUCCCUUCUCUCCAAACCCUGUGGAGCACUGAGACCUGUCAAUGGAGUUAUUAACACUCUUCAGUCUGGCUUGGCUGAACAUUCUCAGGGAGAUGGCACAGAUGUUGAGGAGCUGUUGCAUAAAAAGCAGCGGUUGAACAUGGUCUCUUCUCCUUCUGAUGGAACCUGUGUAGCAGCUCGCACCCGCCCAAUACUAAGUUGCAAGAAGCGACGGCUCGUUCGACCUAGCAACAUCAUACCCCUUUCCAAAAAGGUUCAUCGUAACAGCACGGUGCGAUGUAGCUGUGAUGUGAACCCAUUGUGUGCCAUCUGUGGCACUCGAAGCUCCAUAUCUCCGGAAAUCCAGUAUGAAGCCCCUUUGCUGGAGCGCCUCUCCCAGCUGGACUCCUGUAUUCACCCUGUUCUAUCAUUCCCAGAUGAUGUGCCGACGAGCCUGCACUUCCAGAAUAUGCUGAAAUCCCAGUGGCAGAGCAAGCCCUAUGAGAAAAUCAAACCUCCUAAAAAGCUCUCACUCAAGCAUAGAGCCUCCGUGUCGGCCAGUAGCCUGUCUGACCCUGCUCGCAAGGACCGGCACAAACUGGUCAACUCCUUCUUCACUGCAGCCAAGUACUCACAUCACAAAAUCCAACCAGACAAGGCACACAGGCAGCCCUUAGACGAUCUAAUAGCUGUGUCCAAGGCCCAGAGAGCGCCAGAGCGCUCACUUAUCCUGCCUCCUGCACAUGACAAAAAGCAAUUGUGGGACUCCUCACCUGAGAGACGCGAAGUGUUAAAGCAUCACACGGAUGUCGGAGGCCCAAGCUACCUGUCAGCAACUCCAGCCUCUAUGCCCCACAGCCCCAUAGUGCGGCAGCUGUCCACAUCCUCUGAAAGUUCUACUCCUGCCAGCACAAGUUCACAGGGCACCUCUAGCAUGUCUCAGCCAAGGAGGAGGAGAGGCGAAAGUUCCUUUGAUAUUAAUAACAUUGUCAUCCCUAUGUCUGUUGCUGCAACAACUCGUGUAGAGAAACUACAAUACAAAGAAAUCCUCACACCGAGCUGGCGUGAAGUGGAUAUCAGUGCUCUGAAAGUGAACCCUGAUGAAGACAAUGAGGAGAUUGAGGACCUGUCUGAUUCAGCCUUUGCUGCUCUUCAUGCCAAGUGUGAAGAGAUGGAGCGGGCAAGGUGGCUCUGGAGCACCAGUCUGCCCCCUCAGCGGCGAGGCAGCAGGUCUUAUAGAUCAGCAGACGGUCGGACAACCCCUCAGCUGGGGAAUCCCUCCACUCCCCAGCCACCAUCCCCGGAUGUGGGCAACUGCCACUCUCAUUCUGAAUUCUCCCCACGCAGUCCCGUCAGCCCUGAACUGCACUCUGCCCCUCUCACGCCUGUUUCCCGUGACUCCGUGCGGCUCUUGUCCAGCGAGGACACCCGUUGUUCCACACCUGAGUCUGGUCUUGACGAACAGGCUGUGCAGCCCUGGGAGCGACGCUACUUCCCACUCUCCUACAACCCCAAGACAGAGUGCGAGGACCAAGCUGAUCCCCAGGACCGGUUGUCGCGCUGCACUCGGCGCACAUCAGGCAGCAAGUCAUCCCGGGAGUUGGACAGCGCCCUCCCCUUGCCCGCCCUCCCCAGCCCCAAGAGCCGGAACCCAGCCACGGCCUCUUCAGCAGCAGCAACAGCAGUUCAGCGGCCGGCACACAGAUAGAGCCGGACAGGAAGAAAGGAGCAAAACCAACACACAGAACUAACUCUUGACAUUAAAGCUUCCGAAAUCUGCGUUUGAUAUUCAAACAUCCUGCUGGGAAUUUUCACAGUUUUUAGUGAAUUUAAGGAGUUUAGAAACUGUUUUCUUUUUGUUUGUUUGUUUUUGGGUUUUUUUUCCCCAUGUUUCCUUGUCACACAAUAAGAGCUCCCCAGCUUCCUCCCAGCAGAGUGAAGCCUCGGGAGGAGAGCAGUCUGCCAGACACCCUUCCGCCCCUCCCCCUUAGGUGUAUAAUUCUAGAGCACAGGAUUUAGCUGACUAGCAGACAUCAGGGGUUUUUCUCUUACUCUCUGCUGCCUGCUGCCUCCUCCCUGAAAAGUUUUAGUGGAGUGAAAUUAGUGGUGAAAAGUGAUGUCUUUGGAAUGCAACCUCUUGCAUUAGCUGUGUCUCCCCACAUGCAGAGCUGAGAUCUGCAGUCUCUGCACCCCUAUCCUGUCAUUUUGUUCCCUAGGUUGUAGUUCCAGGUAUUCCCCCAGAGUGCCUGCUGCAUUGCACUGUACUGCCCUUCAUUUCUUCCUUUCGCCACUCCUGCUUUUAG